CAGCAGCCAUGUGGUGCUGGACAGGCACGGUGCUGCUCCCGACCCCAGCGUCCCCUCCUGUCCCACCCAGGUGGCCUGGCCGGAGGGAUUGAGAUCUGCAUCACAUUCCCCACUGAAUAUGUGAAGACCCAACUGCAGCUGGAUGAGAAGGCAAACCCUCCUCGCUACAAGGGCAUCGGGGACUGUGUGAAGCAGACUGUCCGAGACCAUGGCAUCCGGGGGCUGUACCGGGGACUCAGCUCGCUGGUGUACGGCUCCAUCCCCAAGGCUGCUGUCAGGUGAGUGUCCCCUGUGGCGUGAGGUGAGCAGGGGGGGACCCUGGGUGGCAGCAAACAGAGGGGUGGGUUUGGCGUCAACAUCGCCGAGGCUGUGGGGGUGGUCUGCCCCAUGGAGCCCAUAAAGGUAAAGUUUAUUCACGACCAGUGCUCCCCCAAGCCCAAAUACCGCGGCUUCUUCCAUGGUGUCCGGGAGAUCGUUCGGGAACAGGGACUGAAGGGGACCUACCAGGGCUUAACUGCAACCGUUCUCAAGCAAGGAUCAAACCAGGCCAUCCGCUUCUUCGUCAUGACCUCCCUCAAGAACUGGUACAAAGGUGACAAUCCCAACAAGGUCAUCAACCCCUUCGUCACAGGGGUGUUUGGAGCCCUCGCUGGAGCUGCAAGUGUCUUUGGCAACACGCCCUUGGACGUGGUGAAGACCAGGAUGCAG